CUGAUUGGUAUUGAGCUCGGCUUGGGUGUGGUGUAUUGUUUGAGUAAUUGUUAAAGAUUGGCCUUUUUAAGUUAAAUUACUUGCUUUCUGAAAAUGGCUAGAAGCCUCGUUUUUGUGGCUCUAGUCGGCGCUUUAUGUUUCACCCUCGCUUACUCUCAACACCAUUACGAUGAGCACAGAACUAGAGAAAUUAUCUGGUGCACAAAGAGCCUGGAGGAACAGUACAAGUGCGGAAACCUAACGGUGGCCAUCGAACGAGAUCGCGCCCUCUUCGACGAUGUGUUCCUCAACCUCACCUGCUUCAGGGCCUACAGUGCCGAUGAGUGUAUUCAUCACAUUGAUCGCGAGAAGGCGCACAUCACUUCGCUGGAUGCUGGAGACGUCUUCACUGGUGGUCGAUACAAUUCAUUGAUACCAAUUAUGCAAGAAAAACUGGAAGGUGGCUUUGCGGAAUACCAAUCGGUUGCAGUGAUCAAGAAAGGAUCCCUGCAGGAUGUGACCAAUUUGCAUGAUAUUAGGAAUAAGCGGGCAUGCUUUCCCUGGGUGGGCAGUCUGGCGGGCUGGAUUGUUCCUAUUCACACGCUCCAACGAGAAGGCGGCAUGGAAGUGGUGGACUGCAACAACCAAGUGAAGACAGCGGCCAGCUACUUCAACAGCUCUUGUGCUGUGUACUCGCUCUCCGAUAAAUACAAUCCCAUUGGCGACAAUUCCGACAAACUCUGCACCCUUUGCACUGGAAAGAUUCCUGGUGGGCGCUGUUCAGCUGCUGAUCCUUAUUACGGCUAUGAAGGUGCUUUUAAGUGUCUUUUGGAAAAGGGAGAUGUCGCCUUCUUGCGACACUCGACAGUUGCAGAAAUGCUGCAAACAACUGAGUUUAAAAACGUGCAACCUAACAAUUUCGAGCUGCUCUGUCGCGAUGGUCGUCGCGUUCCCAUCAAUGACUACCGCCAGUGCAAUUGGGGCCAAGUGCCCGCCGAUGCCAUUGUGACAUCAUCCGCGCGAAGCUUUGCCGAUCGAAAACAAUACCAACAGUUCCUGAAGCGCAUUGCGGAGCUGUACUCCGAUGGACUCCGCGACGACCGUGGCAGGCAGAACGGGCAAUCCGGGCAGGGGUUCAAUAAUAACUUUGAUGGAAACAAUUACAAUCAGCAGCAGGGUCAGAGCGGUGCCUAUGACCAGUUUAACAAUCAAUAUGAUCCCAACAACCAAUACAGGAGCCAGAAUCAGUACGAUCAGUACCGCAACGAACGCUUGGAUAGCAGUUUUUCGGCAGAUCACAACCCCCUGGACGGCACCAACACAUCCAUUCUUUAUGAGAAGUUCCGAAUCUUCGAAUCGAAACGUUAUGGCAAGCCAAACCUACUCUUCCAGGACUCUAGCAGGGCUCUCACUGUCAUUCCGGAAGAUGAUCAGUCGUUCACCAAGUACUUGGGCGAUGCCAUCCGAUUUAUUUACGGAAUUCGUGAAUGCCCAGUACCGGCAAUGACCCUUUGCGUAACCUCUGAGUAUGAACUGGAGAAGUGCAUCAAGAUGAGGACCGCUCUGAAAGCCCACAUCCUGAAGCCCGAGCUUAUCUGCAAGAAGAUGCAUUCCCAUAUCAAUUGCAUGCAAUUCAUCCAAGCUGGAAAGGCUGAUAUCGCUGUCUUCGAUGCUGGCGAUGUCUACACCGGUGGACUCAAUUAUAACUUGGUUCCGUUCAUGUCUGAGGUGUACAAUCUGGGCGAACCGGAGUACUAUGUCGUGGCAGUUGCCAAGGAGGAGGAUCCCGACACAGAACUCACAUAUCUGAAGGGCAAGAACACCUGUCACACGGGCAUCAACACCGCCGCUGGAUGGACAUAUCCAAUGGCUCACUUUAUUUCCAACGGCUGGAUUCGUCCCUACGGUUGCGACUCCAUCCGUGCUGCCGCAGAAUACUUCACUAAGUCGUGUGUUCCAGGUGCAAUUAGCAGUGAAUACAACACGGGAGUGCCCUAUGAUAGCAUGUGUGACCUGUGCCAUGGAACUAGCUAUAGGUACUGCCGGCGUGACGCUUCGGAGGAUUACUACGGACAUACGGGAGCAUUCAGGUGUCUUGUGGAGGGUGGAGGACACGUAGCCUUCAUGAAGCACACCACGGUGAUGGAAAGCACUGGCGGCAAGCGCAAGGAAUGGUGGGCACGUAACGCUCUCAACGAUGACUUUGAAUUGCUGUGCACGGACGGAACCCGAGCGGAGAUUAACGAGUACAAGCGCUGUAACCUGGGCAAGGUAAAGGCCAAUGCCGUGGUGACGCGCGGCGGUCCCAGCUACAACGAGACGCAGCUGAAUGCUUACAUCAACCUGCUGACCUAUGCCCAGCAGCUGUACGGCCGUAAGGAUGUGGAUGCCUUUAGCUUCAGCAUGUUCUCAUCUCCGAUCGGGCAGUACGAUCUGAUCUUCCAGGAUGCUACGCGCCAGUUACAAGUCAUUCCAGCAAACAAGCGGACUUACGAUGCCUAUUUGGGCAGCGAUUUUAUGCGGGCACGCCGCAUCACCGACUGUUAUGCCGGUGCCUCCCAGGCGGCCUUAUCCCUAGGACUGCUCCUCGUGGGCUCCUUAGUUGCAAUCCUCUAAACAUCCCCAAUAGACAUACUCGGUAAGGUUUUAAAGUUCAACAAAAAGUGUACAAGAAUCUCUAGCACAAAAAGGAAACAUAUCAGAAGUCUUACAUUCCAAAUAUUUAUAAGUUCGAAGAUAUAUCCAAUUCCGUCCGAAAAAUCGAAUUCCCCUUAGCCGAAAUAAUCUUAAAAAGGCUAUAAUUUAUAUAUAUUUUAGUGCCUGUGCCUUAAAAUAUAGUAUUUGUUUUGUGUACGUACCAACUAAGUCCGUCCAAAAAAAGUGUACCUAGAAUUUAUAAGCCGAAUCUUUUACAAAAGCUUUUUUAAGUAUACAAAUAAAAAAAAAUAUCGAAAUGA